AUCCAAAAAGGUUACAGUUCCCCAUUUAUAGGGUUUGGAUUUUUUUAGUAUUACCUUCUUUGAUUAAGAUUGGAGUAGAAAAGGAAGGAAAGAAAAUGGCGUUCUCUAUGCAAAAUUAUGGCAUACAAUCGAUGCUGAAGGAAGGUCACAAGCAUCUCUCAGGUCUUGAAGAAGCUGUUCUAAAAAACAUCGAUGCUUGCAAGCAGCUCUCAACAAUCACCCGCACUUCCCUCGGCCCCGACGGUAUGAAUAAGAUGGUUAUUAAUCAUUUAGACAAGCUCUUUGUUACCAAUGAUGCCGCUACUAUUGUCAAUGAGCUAGAGAUUCAACAUCCAGCGGCCAAGAUUUUAGUUUUAGCAGGUAAGGCUCAGCAAGAGGAAAUUGGUGAUGGGGCUAAUUUGACAAUUUCGUUUGCCGGAGAGCUUCUCCAAAAUGCCGAGGAGCUUAUUCGGAUGGGCUUGCACCCGAGUGAGAUAAUCAGUGGAUAUACUAAAGCAAUUACCAAGACAACUGAGGUCUUGGAGGAACUUGUGGAGAAAGGUUCUGAAAAUAUGGAUGUUUGGGAUAAAGAGCAAGUUGUUACUCGAAUGAAAGCUGCUGUUGCUAGCAAACAAUAUGGACAGGAAGAUAUAUUAUCUUCCCUUAUAGCCGAUGCAUGCAUCCAAGUUUGUCCGAAGAACCCUGUGAACUUUGAUGUUGAUAAUGUCCGUGUCGUAAAGCUUGUUGGAGGAGGUUUGCAUAAUUGUAUGGUAAUUCAGGGAAUGGUUUUAAAAGGUGAUGCUGUGGGAAGUAUAAAACGUGUGGAAAAGGCAAAGGUGGCUGUGUUUGUUAGUGGUGUUGAUUCAUCUGCAACUGAAACAAAAGGAACUGUAUUAAUUCACUCUGCCGACCAGCUUGAGAAUUAUGCAAAAACUGAAGAAGCUAAGGUUGAGGAGCUCAUCAAAGCAGUUGCUGAUUCUGGUGCCAAAAUUAUUGUCAGUGGUGGUGCAGUUGGUGAAAUGGCAUUACAUUUUUGUGAACGUUACAAGUUAAUGGUAUUGAAAAUCAGCUCAAAGUUUGAACUACGACGGUUCUGCCGCACAACAGGAACAGCUGCUCUUCUGAAACUCGGCCAACCAAAGCCAGAUGAUUUGGGAUUUAUCGAUUCAGUAUCUGUUGAGGAAAUCGGUGGUUCUCGGGUUACUGUUGUGAGAAGUGAAGAAGGUGGUAACAAAGUUGCCACUGUGGUUCUGCGAGGAAGUACUGAUAGUAUAUUGGAUGAUCUUGAAAGAGCCGUUGAUGAUGGAGUGAAUACAUAUAAGGCAAUGUGCAGGGACAGUCGUAUAGUACCUGGGGCUGCAGCUUCUGAAAUCGAGUUGGCAAGAAGACUGAAAGAGUUCUCAUUCAAGGAAACAGGAUUGGAUCAGUAUGCCAUUGCUAAGUUUGCUGAAAGUUUUGAAUUGGUACCGAGAACCCUGGCAGAGAAUGCUGGACUCAACCCAAUGGAUAUCAUUUCUAAGUUGUAUGAAAAGCAUGCAUCUGGAAAUACCAAAGUGGGUAUCAACUUGAGGGGACGUGACUCGGAGGAUGGUUUUUGCAAGGAUGUCUCGAGCAUGAAUAUAUGGGACCUUUAUGUCACCAAGUUGUUUGCUCUCAAAUAUGCUGCAGAUGCUGCCUGCACUGUGCUACGCGUAGAUCAGAUUAUAAUGGCAAAACCAGCUGGAGGUCCAGCGAGGAGAGAUCAGCCUGCAGGAAUGGACGAGGACUAAGUGUUGUGUGGUAUGAUUGAUUAAUUACUUUCUCUUGUUUCCGGACCUUGUGUAGGCAUCUUUUAUUUUUCCUUUGAGAUGCUAAAACACUUGAAGCUUGGAAAAGAGAAUUUUGGAUAUACUUUUAGAAUUUUUAUGGUGGGUGGUGAUGAUCUAUGUUUUUAGUGAAUCAGUUCAGUUAUGUACUUUUCUAACUGAAGUGUGAUUGGUUUAUAAAUUAGGGAUUUGUGGUCGGGAGUUUAAAGAUCAUCUUGUUCAUUUAUCUCGAUUUUGCAUCGAUGUUGGUUAUACCAUAACCUAUAUUACAUGAACUCAUUUGUUUUCCCCAAGU